CUUCAUUCUGUGCAGACUCGCUCUUUGCUGAGUGUAUUUGAAGAAGAUGCUGGCACCCUCACGGAUUAUACCAACCAGCUGCUCCAGGCGAUGCAGCGUGUCUACGGAGCCCAGAAUGAAAUGUGCCUGGCCACUCAGCAACUUUCUAAGCAACUGUUGGCAUAUGAGAAACAGAAUUUUGCUCUUGGCAAAGGCGAUGAAGAAGUAAUUUCUACACUCCAUUAUUUUUCCAAAGUGGUGGAUGAGCUUAACGUCCUCCAUACAGAGCUGGCUAAACAGUUGGCAGACACAAUGGUUCUACCCAUUGUACAAUUUCGAGAAAAGGAUCUCACAGAAGUCAGCACUUUAAAGGACCUUUUCGGACUUGCCAGCAAUGAGCAUGACCUCUCGAUGGCGAAAUAUAGCAGGCUUCCUAAAAAGAGAGAGAAUGGGAAGGUGAAGACGGAAGUGGUAAAAGAGGUGGCAGCUGCCCGUCGGAAACAGCACCUGUCGUCCCUUCAGUACUACUGUGCCCUCAACGCCCUGCAGUACAGGAAGCGCAUGGCCAUGAUGGAGCCCAUGCUGGGCUUUGCCCACGGACAGAUUAACUUUUUUAAGAAGGGAGCAGAGAUGUUUUCCCGAAGUAUGGACACCUUCUUAUCCUCCGUUGCGGACAUGGUGCAAAGCAUUCAGGUGGAACUGGAAGCUGAAGCAGAAAAGAUGAGGGUGUCCCAGCAAGAACUACUUUCUGUUGAUCAAUCUGUUUACACGCCAGACUUCGACGUGGCUGCACCGCAGAUCAACAGGAACCUCAUCCAGAAGGCCGGUUACCUUAACCUCAGAAAUAAAACAGGGCUGGUCACCACCACCUGGGAGAGACUUUACUUCUUCACCCAAGGCGGGAAUCUCAUGUGUCAGCCCAGGGGAGCUGUGGCGGGAGGUUUGAUCCAGGACCUGGACAACUGCUCCGUGAUGGCAGUGGAUUGUGAGGACCGACGCUACUGCUUCCAGAUCACCACUCCCAACGGGAAAUCGGGAAUAACCCUCCAGGCAGAGAGCAGGAAGGAGAACGAAGAGUGGAUCUGUGCGAUAAACAACAUCUCCAGGCAGAUCUACCUGACCGACAACCCCGAGGCCGUCGCCAUCAAGCUGAAUGAGACGGCUCUCCAAGCAGUGACUCCCAUUACAAGCCUCAGAAAGAAACAAGAAAGCUCAUGCCCCAGCCAGAAGCUGGAAAAUUCAGAGAUGGAAAGUGACAAGAUUGUUCCCAAAGCAACAGUCAGUGUACCUGAAGCUGAAGAACUAAUUGCACCUGGAACACCCAUUCAGUUUGAUAUUGUACUUCCCGCUACAGAAUUCCUCGAUCAGAACAGAGGAAGCAGGCGUAUGAACCCUUUUGGUGAGACAGAGGAUGACACAUUUCCAGAAACAGAAGAUUCUCUUUUACAACAGAUGUUUAUAGUUCGGUUUUUGGGAUCGAUGGCAGUUAAAACAGACAACACUACCGAAGUGAUUUAUGAGGCGAUGAGACAAGUGCUGGCGGCACGGGCUAUUCAUAACAUCUUCCGAAUGACAGAAUCCCAUCUGAUGGUCACCAGCCAGGCGCUGAGGCUAAUAGAUCCUCAGACUCAAGUAUCCAGAGCCAAUUUUGAGCUCACCAGUGUCACCCAGUUCGCUGCUCAUCAAGAAAACAAGAGGCUGGUUGGCUUUGUGGUCCGCUUGCCUGAAUCCACAGGCGGAGAGUCUCUGAGCACAUAUGUCUUUGAAAGCAACUCAGAAGGCGAAAAGAUAUGCUAUGCUAUUAAUUUGGGAAAAGAAAUCAUUGAGGUUCAAAAGGAUCCAGAAGCAUUGGCUCAACUAAUGCUGUCCAUACCACUAACCAAUGACGGAAAAUAUGUACUAUUAAAUGAUCAACCAGAUGACAAUGACGGAAGUCCAAGCGAAAAUAGAGGCGCAGAAUCUGAAGCAUGACCUGUGCCUUUGGGGGAAGAGCCCAGGAAGGAGAGCUGCCUCCUUAAGGGUCUCACCUUCUCUGACACACAGGCGCAAACCCUGCUUUCAGAAUGCUGACGGCCACCUGUGGAAUGGACUCUCGAGGCCUUGGUACUGAGACUUGGGAGGGAAACAGUAAGAAAUGGUUGAUGACAUUCCUACCCAUCUACAAAUGUUAUUUUAGGUGCUUUGUGGUAAGUCCUUUUCUUAGAUUGUUACUGUUCAGCGCUCAGAGUUAAAGUCAUGAGAGAAUGCAUUGUUCACUUUACUUGAACGUCAUCUCUUCAUUUUCCAGUAUCCUUUUUAAAAAGUGGCAAAAGCCUAGAUUUAUAAUUUGAUAAACACUAAAUAUUUCCUAUUAAUAUAAUCUAUUUUUGUACUUAAUAAGCUUUAAGUGCCUGUCAUUCUGAAAAUUAUGUAUUUAUAAUCAAGCUUGUCUCAUAAUUGGACCUAAUAAGCAUUAAUCUGUGCAGUGGGGGUGGGCCCUGCCUGAGGCCCGCACACUAGCGGAAACACAGCUCUAGUUCCGAUUGUUGUUCCAGGCGUCCUGCAAUAAAGACUAGAUGAGAUCCACAGAGAUGUUCAGUUUCACAGCGGAUCCUUAAUAAACCAGCAUUCAGAAGUUUACGGUCUUUUAGAUAUUACUGGUUUUAGUGGUGGAUCACCAUAGACAGGGUGCAGCUCUGCCAGGUCCCGUUUCUUCUGAGCCAGACCUUCCUCAUGGAAGGGACCAAUUUUAAAACUCACCUGAAGAACAGCUAGUGUGGGGCUUGGCAUCAAGUUCCCAUUUCCACUCUGGCAUCCCGGCCCACGCCACCAUCCCCUCCUACCCGUGAAAUAAGUAGAAUGAUCUUGAGUUGUACAGUGUGUUUAAUUAUAACCAAGUUCAGCAGAAUGUUACUCUUUGUAAUAAAUUAACCUAGCAAUAAGUGCUAGCAAAUAAAAUCUAUCGUUCUGUUUCUUUUUA